AUGAGUUCAUGUCAACAUCGUGUGCGCGGUAGCGGUGAGGUCGCGUUCCACGCUGGUCACCUGGUCCCUGGCCGACCCCUCUCCUAUCUUCCUUCGAUCUCAGAUGUACUCCACGCUUGUGUGUUCUUCGCCGUCCGGUUGGCCUUGUUAGAACUGACUCGAGCCGUUUGCGUACCGUCUGGUAAGCAGGAUGAAGAUCUCUGGCUCUGCGAAGGCGAAGGUGUGGUUCUUCUGCUGUACGUGUUCAUAGACUAUAGGCAGUUUAUCCUUGCGGUUGAUUGUGAUCUGAUGCUAAUGCAGCCUGCCGUUUCGCAGUGGCUCGAGUACCUGCUCCUAUCCCCGAAGUUCUGGGCCACAUACGUUUACGACACGUUCGUGAUCAGCAGAAGGAACAAAGUGCGGGAGUUCAAGGCACAGCUGAAUUCCAUCUUUCCUGCCAUCCAGUUCACUAUAGAAGAGGAGGAAAACCAAUUACCCUUCCUCGAUGUGCAGGUGACGAAACUGAAAGACAGCGGUUUGUCAAGCAAUUACCCUGUUUGGCACAAACGAACUUGUGUUAAGACCCACUUUCAACGCGUUCAGGCACACUUAAGCGACGAGAGUGGAAAGAAGGAGGACGUUAAAGACUUAAAUGCCCUCUUUGAUACCAACGGUUAUCCAAAGUCCCUCAUACGCAAGUGUCGUAAGAAGCCCCGCCUUUAG